UCGUAUAUACAUACAUAUAUGUAUAUAGAAACCGCUAUAGAACAGUUACAAAAACAAUAAGAAUUACAUAAACUAAAAGUGUUUGCAUAUUGGGAAAAAAUCUCCAAAAAACACACAUACAAAAUUGCGUUUUGAGCUUCAAAUCUCUAUUGUCUUUUUGCGCGUCUUAGCUGCCAGAUAGCUUCCUCUACAACAGCCAUAAAUAUCACAUGUAAUAACAAGCGCGUGCACAUAAAUUACAAAUUAACAUACUUAAUGUAAUUACUAGCCUCACAAUUUUCGCGCAUAUUUACACACUAAGCUCGCACAUUCGCUUGCCAGCAGCUCCAUCAUCAAUACCAAUACAAAUGCAGUCAUUCGCAGGAUUCAGUGCUGUCCGCCAUUACUGGGUAAUAUGUUGCCUAAUAAUACUGUUUGCUUUGUUGUUGUACAUCUUGACCAACAGCAAUGACAACGUUAACAACAAGAACAAUAAUACAAAUGCGCCACGUAACGGCGGUUUUCGAACGCAAAUUUGCAAUAAAUUAAAUGAAAAUCCCAACAGUCAACAGGAAGUGUCUCAGUCUAAGCUAAAGCACCUCAACCCAAGUGUUGAUGGCAUCGUUGGUGUCGGUGGUUCACUAGCCGACCACAACAAUUUGCCCAAGUCACGCAUAGCUGCCGAACGCGGCUGUGGAACAACAAAUUGCAUGCCAGCAAAUAGUAGACACCAAGUGGACCACAAGAGCGCUAACAGUAGUGAAGGAAAUAGAGAUAGCAGGAAGGAGAUAGAUAUAGCUUUGAGGCGGGUAAAUAGUAAGGAACACAACAGUGAUAAUAUUUAUAAUGGACCUAAUAGAAGUGAAAUUAAAAGUAAAACAGAUAUCAAUAAUGCAUUCAAAGGAACCGCUGUGGAGCAAUUGCUGAAAAGAAGAUCCAAAAGAAUUAUUAUUUUCAGCGGCGGAGGUGUAACGAAGUUAGUCGUAGGCGUGUCAUUCCCAAUCGCUCUCGCCGAUAAACAACGCUCCCUCGGACACUAUUACAAUCUGCAAGUCCAAUAUCCACAAAUUACGACGCCCUUAUACUGGUGGAACUAUUUUAACUCCAGCGCUUUUGCAGCGCGUCAUCAACAGAGGCGACAAAUCAACGAUCCAAGAGAGAAGCUUCAUCAACGCCUAAAGCAAGAUGUGAGCCGCCAGUUCAUUUAUGCAGCGAUCGAACAGAUUUAUGAGCGACAUGGAAUACCAGGGGAGUCAUGUCUAUUGCAGGCCAUUUGUCAAGUCUCUCAAUUGCCUUUUCAUAUACCGCGAAUUUGGCAAAAUAAUUUAGGACACUUGUGGCAUGCGCUUUUGAAUGCAAUAUUGAUUCCCACUGUACCCAAUGUGGCUAUGAAAUAUUUGCAUGCCAGCCAAGCAGGACGUUUCGGCGUUGAUUGCGAGCAAGCAUUUAGGGAAUGUCCGCAGAGAGUAAACGAGUGGCUUAGACAUGUGGCGCAUUUGGAGUGAGAGGAGAAGUGGUGUAAUGAAUGGUACACCAAGCUGACCAAAACUGAACUGUUAUUAAUUAAAGCAGAACCAAUCUUACGCACUUAGAAAAAUUUGCUAAUUAUGCUGAGACAUUAUUCACGUAAAAUGUAUGUAUUUAAAAAAUAUUCUAUGCAUUUCAGUUUUCA